AUGAACAAUUUGGAACCAUUGAAGGAACAUUUACAAACUAUUAUUAAUUCUAUAAAAGACACACUAAAUAUAUUAAAUGUAGAGAAAGUAGCAAAUCCAGAGACUUUAUUAAUAAAUUCAACGUUAAAUCUUAAUGUCAAUACAUUUUCACUGAAUCCUCAAGAGAAUGAUUUAUUAAAUUUAUUAACAGAGAAAAUUCAGAGUAUUUUGAGCGAUGUCUUACCAUCUAUUGAUGAAAAAUCUAGAAAAUAUUUACUUGAUAAAUUACAUGAAUAUCAUUACGAUGGAGAUGAAAGAAAAUUUUCAAAUCCAUUAACAAUGAAUAAUCUUCUUGUUUUUCUUAAUGAUCUUGAAUCUACUCAAGCAUCAUUAAAUGCUUUUCAAGCGGCGUGGGAAGGAAAUGUAUUUCCUGUUGGAGAAUUUAUUAAAAAUUAUCCACAAUUUAAAGAUAAACCUGGCAUAUGGGGAACAACUCUAUUAUAUUCAGCAGCAAGAAAUAAUCAUAUGCAACUCGUCGAUCAUCUCAUCAAAACUGCACGAUGUUCUAUCAAUGCUCAAAAUCAACAACAUAUUGAAAAAAUCUUAACUGGUUCACCAGUAAAAGCAUCAGAUUUUACUAAUGAUCCUAGCGCCGGCUCAACUGCUUUACACGGAGCAUGUUAUUAUGGACACUUAGAUAUAGUAAAAUAUUUAAUAGAAAAUAGAGCUGAUUAUUAUUUAACAAAUCAUGCAGACGAAAGCUCGAUUACAAAUGCUAAAGAAUCAGACGUGAUUGAAGAAUAUUUUCGAAAGUUUUUAAUUCUUGGAUAUUCAAUAGUAACAAAUCAAUUACCAGAAAAGCCAAUUAUUGAAGGAGCACGAGAUCUUGUUGAUGAUUGUGUAUGGGAAUAUAAACCUUUCGUUGAUAAUCAAUGGUACCCGUUCGCAUCACCAGAAGCAAAAGAAUUAUCUCAAUAUCUUAUAGUUCCUCCAGAUCAACAAUUUCAACAAGAAAUUCAUUUAAAAGUACACAGAGGUGUUUAUGCUGUUUCCAUUGUUAAAUUUUUACGUUCUGGAAGAGGUCUUGAUCAUAAACAAAAUUUAGCAUGGAUAAGAUGUCGUGGUUCAUCUAUAUCAAAUUUUGAUUGUUAUUCUAUUUGGCAAAUAAUGAUUAUUCAACAUCCACCAAUCGAAUCAAAUUCUUCACCAUCAUUAGUACCAUUUGAUUUUCCAUCAUUAUGUGAUACAAAAUUUAAAUUACAAGGAAAUUCUUGGUAUAAUUGUCCAAUAAAAAUAAAUUCAAAAUUAGAUAAAGCAAUUAAUUAUCGACGAAAACAUCUUAGUUUAAAUUUUCCAUUCAUUGGCAAAUUAAAAUUGAAUCUUCAAACAUUUGCAUUUACUAACAGAGAAAAUACUGUUUCAGGUUGUUUACGAUGGAUACCAAAAUUAAUAUCUAUUCAUGAACAAAAUGCAGAUAAGAUUACUUAUCUUGAUAAUUUCAAACCAAUGACUGCUGUUAAUCCAAUAUUAAUGACAUCAAAACAUCUAAAACAAACAGUGAAUAAAGAUGAUAAUAGUUUAGCAGGAGCUGGCGAACAUGAAAUGACUGAUGAUGUUAAUGAUGACAGUUUUUAUUCUUCCAAUGACGAUUUGGAUAAUUAUGAUGAAAAUGUAACAAAGUCGAAGAAAACGACAAUCGAAUCGAUAAAAAGUGGUGCAUGGUCGAUGGAUGAUGUUUUAAAUAAAAGCGAUUCCACCGAUGAAAAAAUUAAUAAUACUAGCAUGAAUCUUCCAAAUUAUCAACAGUCAACAUCUUCUUCGACUCACACAACAACAGAUAUUGAACCCGAAAUAAAGAUUGAGGAUUUUGUUAAUGAAACUAAUGAAGCUGCCGUUCAAGCUGGUUCACCACAAACUACACCUGUAGAUGAUCUAACUAAAGAAAAACUUCAAGAAGCAACUGCUAAAAUAGAUAAAUUACAAGAUGAAAAUGAAUGUCUUAUGGCUGAAAUCCAAGUACAAAUGAUGAUGGAAGAAAAAAAAAGCACAGAACAUGAACGAGAACUUGAAAAAUUAUUUCAAAAAAUGGAAAAAGGGCAAAGCGAACGACAAAAACUUGAAGAUGAAGUGAAACGAUUCCGACAAGAACAAAAUAGAUCACAACAAAUAAAAACCGAAAUUCGUACUAUCAAUUAUGAAAAAAUUCAAUCACAAUUAGUAGAUAGUUAUCUAUCACCUAAUCAUAAUUUACUUUUAAAUUAUCUCAAAAAUGUAUCAACAAAAGCUAAUCCGCAAUCGACUGAUUAUCCACCACAAGUUAUAUUUGAAAAAAAACAAACAAUGUAUACAAUAACUGUUACUGGUUUUCAAUAUCAUCAUGAUCAAUUUAAAAUUAUUCUACAAAGAGUUCAAUCUAUAAAUAAUUCAAUACAAUCAGCUAAAGAUUAUUAUCAACGACAUCUAAAUAGAUUUAUUAGAUCUUUAAUGAUAACAUUUUCAAAAGUUCAAUCAACAACACGUUAUUGGUUAUUAUAUAAGAACAUAUUUUCAAAUAAUUUAAAAGAAAAAAUAAAAGAAUAUGUAAUUAUGUUUAAUACAUUUAUUGAAGAACAAACGAAAAAAUUAAUUGAACAAUGUAUUUCUAAUAAUUUAACUCGUCCAUGGAUUGAAAUUAGAAAAUUUACAAAUCAAUUCAUCGAAAAUAACCCAUUUAUUAAUCAAAUUGAACAAAUUAAACAUAAAACAUUAGAACAAUUCAUUAAAGAAAAUAUUUCAUUUCAAAGAAUUAAAACUGAUAAAAAACCAACGGAAAAAUCUGCUUCAACAGCUCAAGAAAUGAUUGAAAAAAUAAUUCAUAUAUUUCAAACGAAUCAAGAAUACAGAGGUCAUCAAUUGAAACAACUUCAAUUAAUACCACCUUUAUUACAACGAAUUAUCAUUUAUUAUUGUUGUUUUGCAUUACAAUUACCUUUAUUUGAAUCAGCUAAAGAUUUAUUAGAUAAAAUAGAAAAAAAUACAAUAAUAACUAUUACAACAUCAACUGGAUCAGGAAAAUCGACUUUAUUACCGGCUCUUCUGAUUGCCGAAGGUUAUGAUAGAGUAAUUGUAACUCAACCACGUCGUUUACCUUGUCAAUUAAUUUCUCGACGUGUUAAUGAAACUAUGACCAUAGAUACAAAUAUUAAAAAAGAAAAAAUAGCCGGAUGGAUUGUUAGUGGUGCAGAAAAUAAUCCAGGAGGAAAAAUUUUAUAUAUGACAGAUGGUUAUCUUCGUGAACGUUUACUUUAUGAUGAUAGUAUUAUACCAACAAAUAUUCCAGUAAAAAAAUCUAUUGUUAUAUUUGUAGACGAGUUUCAUGAACGCUCAAUUAAUAUUGAUCUUUGCUUAGCAUUUUUAGCUCGUUUAUUAAUUAAUAAUCCAGUAUUAAAAUCGAAAUUAAAAAUAAUCGUAUCUUCAGCAACAUUAGAUGAAUCUGUGCCUAAUCUAUUUCGAAAUAAUUCACAAAUUCAACUUGCUGAAUUUGCUAUGCCACAAAUGGGUACUCUUUAUCCUGUAACAAAAUUUUCACGUCCAAAUGCAAAUAUUCUUGAUAUUGUUCAAGAAUUAUAUAAAAAAUGUCAACGAAAUGAUCAAAUUCUUUGUUUUGUUAAUUCAGCUUUAGAAGCUACAGAGAAUUGUAAAUUAUUAUCAGAUAUCAGUGGAGGAACAAUUAAUGCUCGUCCAUUAAUACAAUCACAAUCAGCAAAAGUUCAACAAGAAAAUAUCGAACAAGCUAGUGUACUCUUUUCAACGACAAUUGCUGAAACUUCAUUAACAUUUCCAUCUUUAAAAUAUGUUAUUGAUACGGGUUAUAUCAAUAUACCUAUUUAUAAUCAUGAACUUAAACGAACCAUUUUAACAACAGUUCGAGCAGCUCAUUCAACUAUUAAACAACGUUUGGGUCGAGUAGGAAGAACACAAUCAGGAGAAUAUUAUGCUUUAUACGACUUUAAAGUUGAAGAUCAACCUUAUCCAAUACCACAUACAUGUCUAUCAAAUUUAACAAAUGUUGAAUUUUCAUUAAGACGAUCACCAUUAAAAUGUGGACUUCAUGUCAUUCAAAGAUUCUUGCCUGAUAAACCAUCGCCACAAUCUAUUAAUUAUACUAUUGAUGCUCUACGAACAUUAGACAUCUUGGAAGCAGCGCCAAGUGAUGAGUUUGCAAAAUUAGGAAAAGCCCUUGCGAAAAUUCCCGAUUUUGGUUCAUUACAAAUGUCAAUAUCUGUAUUAGCGGCUCUCCGACACUACAGUUGUGGGCAUGAUCUUAUUUGUCUUGCAUCUAUGUUGGGUGUUUUGAAUUCAACAGCUAUAUUUUCAUUGAUACCACCAACUUUCAAAAGUCCUGAUGGUGAUUUUAUGACACUUUUGAAUAUAAUGAACAAAGUUUUGUUAGUUAAACAAUCGAUUCCAUCACAUCAAUUUAAUAUUGAUCGUAUUUGUGAAGCUGCUGAUUUAACGAAGAUAAGACAUAUAAUUGGUCCAGCAUUGAGACGUUAUUUAAGUUUAGAAAAAUCAUUUAAUUUAUCAUCUGAUUAUCGUGCUGCAGCACAUACAAAAUCUGGAAAAUGGGAAUAUAUUGCAAAAGCAUUAUUAACUGGUUAUAGUGAUAAUGUAUUUGUAUCAAUGAGAGAAUUACAAGAAAAAAAUCUUCUCUUUGCUAGAUAUAAAGAUUUAAAUGAUAUUGCUGUUCUAGACCUUAAAUCAACUCUUACACGACCUUUAAAACAAGAACCUGUACCUCUUAUACUUGUUCGAGAUGUUUUAUAUUCAACAGCCGUUCGUUCUCGAGCUAUUGUUUCGUUUGCUGGUGAAAUAAAACUUGAAUGGAUGGAAUAUUCUCUUCAACGUGAACUUAUCUUAAGUAAUGAAGAAGAAAUUCAUCUUAAUAGUGAAAAUCGAUAUGCAAAAGCUCGUUCACUCUAUUCAGAUACUAUUCAUAUGCAAUUAAAGAAUAAAACUCUUUCAUUACGUGGUCGAUCUGGUACUGUUCUCAAUGCUGAAUUACAUUUAAGAAAAGAAAUGAUUACAGAAAUAAAAUUUAAUCUAACAAAUCGACAUCCACCAGAUACAACAUUGCAUCAAAAUUUAUCAAGAAAUCUUGAACAAGUAUGCAAAAUGCCAUAUAUAUUUCAUCCAAUGAUAUGGCGAUGGGAUGCAGAAAAACAAGUGAAGAUAAAAGUUAACAAUGGUGUAUCUUCGAAGACAUGUGAAAUAACAGUUACAGGAAGAUAUUCUGAAAUUGUUAAAGUUAAAGAAGAAUUUGAUUCAUUUUUGUCAUGGUUAGAAAACUGUGCCGUUAUUAGAAAUCCUGAUGCUGAUGUACCACCACGAGUUCUUCGUCCGCCAAUGCGAUCACAAUGUUUAGACAUUGAAGAAAGAAUUAGUCGUAUAACCGAUAGUAAAAGAACUCGAAUUGAUUUAUACAAUGCAGCGAGAGGUAUUAAUGCAACACGUGAAUCACGUAUGGAAGUUGUUUCUUGGAUUGCUGUUUGCAAAUUUGAUUGUAAGAUAGAAGGUGGUUUUGUUCGUGAUUGGGUUGUUGGUAAAUAUUCAGAACAUCCAGUUCAACUUUUAACAAAUCCAGCUGCUUGGGUACACUAUCAAGGACCUGAUCAAAUUCCAUAUAUGGUUAAAGAAGUUGUUCCAAGUGAUUUAGAUUGUCAUUUACCAAAACGAUCAUAUUUUGAUAUUGAAAAAUUUAAAGAUGAACUACAUAAGUAUGGAAUAAAAUGUGAUGUAUAUCGACAAGCAUGGAGAUAUAUAUUAUUGAUUGAUAAAGAUGAAAAAACUGGUCCAUAUACAAUGGAUCUUAUUGAACCACAUGUUGCAUUAACUCAUGAUCGGAUUGAUCUUGAUGUUAGCAAUUUAUAUUUAGAAAAAGAUUAUACACGAGAAUUAGGAAUGCGUGUUGAUAUUCAACAAAAACCUUGUUCAAUUGAAUUAGAAUCUAUUAUUGAUAAUAUUAAAAAGAAACGUUUUCGUGUUCUUCGUUCUGUAGAUAAUAUUCUACGUCAGCGUAUUAGUAAAAUGGUAGACACACGUAAAUGGACUCAAUUAGGAGAGCCAGUUCCAUUUAUACCAUCGCCUGAUUCAAAAUAUAUUUCAGUUCUGGUUCCUUUACCUACAUCAUCAGUCUUAUAUAAAGAUUUGUCAAUAAGGAUUGCGACGAAUGGUAGUGGAAUUCAAGUAAAAUCAAUCGAACAAAUUCGAAAUCCUCUAUUAGAAGAUGCAUAUGAAGCCAUGAAAAGUUUAAUUGCAAGAGAAUGUACGGGAUCAAAUCCGAAUGAACGUGAAUUAUUUCAUGGAACAAAACCUAAUGCAGUACAAGGCGUAACAGAUUAUGGUUUUGAUGAUCGAUAUUUUAGUGCAAAUGGACGAUGGGGUCAUGGUGCAUAUUUUGCUGAUAAUCCACAAAAAUCACAUGGUUAUACAGAUGUUGAUCCAAAUGAUCAAACACGCGUUAUAUUUUAUGCCAAAGUUCUCUUAGGUAUUCCUUCGGUACAAAAUACAGAUAAUUCACAAUUGAGAUCAGCACCUAUUGGAUUUCAUUCAGUUCAAGGAACAGGAGGACAAUAUGAAGAAUAUAUCGUAUAUCGUUACGGUCAAGCUUUACCGUAUUUAAAAAUAACCUAUAAAUAA